AUGACCAGUAGAACACCAGCAACAACCAGACCCACAACCACUCCUACUAGGACUGAUUUUAAUGACUUGGAGAUCAGAGAUGUUAGGAGAAGGGAUGACAUGUUUUACUCUGUUCUCAUCACACACGGUCAGGGAGAGCAGCUGAUAAGCAGCAGUAAGGUACGGCUCACUGUGACAGAGCGUCCCGUUGAGCCUAGUGUUUGUAAGGUCUUCAGCGUUUUGAAGGACGGCCACUGCGUGAUGGCUCUUCAGUGCUCCUCUACAGUGAAGAACACCAGCUUUUCUUGGGAACCAGAGGCUUUGUUUGAUGGCUCCUUCUGGAGGGGGAGUCCCAAUGCCAACAUAUCUGUUGUCUGGUCGUCUUACAGCCCCAACAGAAAUGUCACCUUCAUAUGUACUGCCAGCAACGGGCUCACUAACGCCUCUAGGGUUGUGAGGGAGACAUGCCAAGAUGAACAGCCCAAGCCUAACGUGGUGGUGGAGGGGGAGACCCGCGUCCCCGGGAUCGUAAAGUUGCACUUAGGAUUUCUGUUCGGAUGUCUUUUAACAUAUAUUUUCAGAGAUUCCCUCACAUGCUUAUCAACCAGGUUCAACAAGCGUCGAAGCAUCAACCAGGUGGGUGCUACACUUUCGGAAGUUGAAAGAAACUCCAGUCUACCUAUAGAGAGGAGCUGAACAUCGUACUUGACAAAGUGCCUG